AUGAACGACAAUGGACAGAGAUUGCUAGAGCUCUGCUCCUAUCAUAACUUGUGCAUCACGAACACCUUCUUCCAGUCUAAACCCCAGCACAGGGUGUCAUGGAUGCAACCCAGGUCCCGUAGGUGGCAUAAACUCGACCUUGUGAUCACUAGACGCUCCCUGCUGAGCAGCGUACUAGGAACACGCAGCUACCGCAGUGCAGACUGCGACUCAGACCACGCCCUAGUAUGCAGCAGAAUGAGAUUUCUCCCCCGUAAGCUACAUCGCUCCAAACCCACAGGUCGGCCUCGUAUAAACAUAGCCAGGAUUGGUGAUUGCCAGCGCAGGGAGGAAUUUGUUAACAGCCUUGAGAAUGCCCUCAAAGAUCUUCCGGAGCAGGAUGCCAUGGGACGAUGGAAGUCCAUCAGGGAUACUAUUUACGAUGCCGCCAUUGCCGCCUUUGAAAAGAAGGAGGGAAAGAAUCCUGACUGGUUUAACGCCAACCCCCAAGAACUUGAAUCUGUCCUUGCUACCAAGCGCUCAGCUCUUCUCGCUUACAGAACUUACAGAAAGUCACCAUGCGAGAAGACGCUCUCAGCUUUGAGGACGGCACGAAGCAAUGCCCAACGUAUAGCCCGACGCUGCGCCAACGACUACUGGCUGCAGCUGUGCGAGAGCAUUCAGCGCUCAGCCGACUGUGGAAAUGUGCGUGGCAUGUACGAUGGCAUCAAAAAGGCAGUUGACCCCACUGUCAAGAAGACCGCCCCACUCAAGUCCUCCACUGGGGAGACGAUCACUGACCGCAACCACCAGAUGAGCAGAUGGGUGGAGCACUACUCAGAGCUUUACUCUAAUGUAACCGUUGUCACCGAAUCCGCCAUCAACGCCAUCAGUGUCCUGCCCGUAAUAAAAGAGUUUGACGCCAUUCCCACUGUUGAUGAACUUGCCAAAGCAAUCGACUCGCUGAGCUGCGGCAAAGCCCCAGGAAGUGACGGCAUCCCACCUGAAGCCAUCAAAUGCGGGAAGACCACCCUACUCCAGCCACUGCACGAUCUUCUGCUUUUGUGCUGGGAGGUAGUAGCAGUGCAACAAGACAUGCGAGAUGCAUCCAUAGUCACCCUUUACAAGAACAAGGGCGACCGGAGUGACUGUAACAACUACAGAGGCAUCUCUCUGCUGAGCGUGGUUGGAAAGGUCUUUGCUCGCAUAGUCCUAAACCGUCUCCAGACCCUUGCAGCAAGGAUCUACCCCGAGUCUCAGUGA